GAAGUUUGAAAUUUUUACAAAUUAUUUUUAUUCGAUUUUGCCUAUCUCUAAUUGCUAAUUAAAACAUGAAGAGUUCAAAGGAGAAAGUUCGAAAAGAUCGUGUAGAAUCGUCUACCAGUGAUCCAGAAUUGAAAUCGCCAAUAAGAAACUUUAAGAAAAAACUGCCUGUCAUAAAAAGAAUACCCAAGGACGGUGUUUCGGCUUCAGAAUCUAACUUGACGAACUGUGGGAGUAAAUUUGUUCUUCAAGAAAUAGUUGGUCGGGGUGACGUUCAGGCUACCGGCAAUACUGAUAGCAAAAGAACGACCAAGAUUGCAAAAAUAGCGAGUAUGAAACCGCAAAUACAACGCAAUAAGAAAUCGGCACAAGCAUGUUCCGGAAGUGACGGGGCGCGACUACGGUCAUCCUUUACAUCAUCGGAUUCCGAUGAUUCUUUAAGAAAAGAGCUAAGUGCUAUUAAUGAUGAUACGCGUCGAAGUGCACGAGUAAUAUACGACUCACGCCAGAGGCUACUGAACAUGGUGCAGGAAAAGGAAACAAAGCCAGUGGACGUUGAGGAGUUAUGUGAGCGUAAAGACAUUCUGCUGCAAGAGUUGGAUCACAUGGAUGCCAUAACGAAAAAUAUGUGGAAACUUUUUCGAAAUAGGCUCCCUAAAACAACCAAGAAAAAUAUAAAUUCAAUUCACGAAAGGCCUCUAAGCAAACCACCUAUCCAUCACGAGAGGAAAAUGAAUCAGCCAACUGUGCAUUCAGGCACUGGGAUCCCGUCAGAUCACGAGCCACCCACUAGAAGUAAAUCUGAAAUUGAUCUCGGUCGAAAAUUGUAUGAAAGUUACGACAUGCAAGAGAAACUUGUGGCGGACAAUGCCAACCUCGAAGUAAAGAGGCACAUUUUGUACAAGGAACUUAUGACGAAGGACCAAAAUUUAGAAAUUUGUCGCGGUCAAAUAAAAAGACUACAAGGGGAGUUAAAAUUAUUACAUAAAGAAAAUACGACGCUGCACGAAAAGCUUAGUAAAAAUAAUCCUCAGGGCGAUGCGACUCCAAACAAUCAAGACAACUCUUUUCAACAGGAUAUAGAUAAUCACUCACUGACCAAAGAAACCAUAUGUGUGAAAAGUCCAACCGUUGAGGUCCAAGAUAACCAACAAGAACUUGAAGAAAUUGAAAAGGAAAUUGUACAAUUGAAGAGCGAGCUAGAUUGUUUUCGGUUAGAAAUGGAUAGUGCUAAGGCCGGUAGCGCUUGUAAAGGCGGAGGCGGGCAAAACACGUGCUUUCAACAAGAUGCUGGUGCUCCUCCGGUGCCUCCUAUGACAAGAGCUUGUGGUGUGUGUCCACCUUGUCCAGCGCCAUGCAAUCCCAACGCUCCUCCGACACCCGCAGAAAAAGAAGUUCAGAAACUGACGAUCCAACUCCGCCAAACCGAGGAAAACUUUAAGACUAAAGUGACAGAGUGUGCUAUGCUUCGAGCUGAGGUUCUAAGGAAAAAGGAGGAACUAGAAAAGGAAAGAUGUCAGCACCGUGAGGUUCAGAACAAGUUGCGUGAGCUAGAAAUGAAGUUUGAAGGUCUGGCGAUGACAACCAAUAUGAACCUUGGCAGUAAGGAGCAGGCAUUUGAGCAGGAAGUUAACGUGCGAGGCUUAAAGAUGUGCUACAGAGAGGCGCGAGAGGAAAUUGAUGAACUCAGAAUGCUUAUGAAGGAACAGAAUGAUCAGCUGCAGGACUAUAGAGUGAAGUACCUUCACACACAACAACUCGUAGAGGAGCAGCGUCGUCAAAUGGAUAUGAUGGAUAUGGAUAACACGAGAAUCAGCGAACAGAUAAAUCUAGAAAUUCAAAAAGUGAAGUUAAAAUUCCAAGAGAAGCUGCAGGAGUUAGCCCCGAUUCCAGAUCUGCUUAAAGCAGCUCAGCUUAAGCUAAAAGAUGCACAGCAGUCACAGGCGAUUGCCGAACACAACGCUGAACAGUUAGCCCGUGAACUCAAUUCUGCUAGGGAAAAGGUCCAUAUGCUCCUGCAUAGCAGCCUUAAGCCACCUGAAAAAGCCACAGAAAGGGGUGGAGAUGAGAAACAGAUAGCCCUUCUACAACAAAGAAUUACGCAAUUGACAGAAUCUAACAUGACGUAUAAGAGUGAUAUUGAAAGACUCAAGGCGAAUAUUAUUCGUAUGGAGGAGUCUGUCCUUGCGAAUGAAAAGCGUUUGCAAGAGAAGAUGCACGAAUGCGCUCAAUUGGGUGGCGAACUGGAUAGGGCCAGGGACGAGGCGGCUAGAGCCUUGCAGAGAGCCAACGAACGCACUGACACUAUUCGCAAGUGUAUGCAAACUACUGUAGCUGAAUUGGAAAGGCAGUUGGCAUCGACUCGAGCUCAAGUCAAAAAUGCAGAGAAGGACAGGGAAGAGGUACAAAGUCGUAUGCACUGUCAAAUAAAGCGCUUGAACGAGAACUUCGAGCAGGCACAGCUACGUAUAUUUGGACUGCAGUCUCAGGUGCAGGCCUUACGAAGAACAGCGUCCAGCACUGGCGAAGGAGAUGGAGAGCAGCAGGAGUGCGCCUGCAAAACGUUCUUUGACAACCCUUAAUUCCCACCGGCUUUAGUGUGUCAAAAUAUACUUAAUACUCAGACUAAAAUUCAGUGAAGUGCCAAGCACGAACUAAUCCCAUUCAUUUCAUUCAAUUCAAUUCAUUUCCAUUUGACAGAUGUGAGACUUAGUUCGCACUUGACAUUGGCAUGUGUCUCGUGAUUUUCUGUCAUAAUAUUUUAAAGCGUGUUGCAAGUUUUAUAAUUUAGUCAACUUAUAGUGAUGUUGGCGAGAAAUUUAUUUGGAAAACGUUUAUGUAUUUACAUGGCUUUAUGAGUAAUUUUUAAAUGUUUUGAACUGUUCCCAAUCGAAAACAGUUCACUUAACAAGCCAAUUGGUUUGGUGUUACAUCGUUUUCCUACAAUCUUUUGGUUACAUGAAAUUUAAGAUAUUUCUUGUUUUAAAAGGCCGUUUAAUUUAAGAAAUCGAGAGGCUUGCUAUUGGAUGGACAACAAAUGUAUAAGAACUGAUGCUGUGGAAAAUU